UGCAGAGAGGGAAAUCCCAAUGGAACAGGAGGAGUAGAUAAAGGAGGCGCAGAAGCAUGGAAACAGAGGGCGGCGAAGUGUUGCCCUACCAUGGUGGCCGACAUCUUGCUCGAGCUGCGGUGGCUCUUCGGCGAUCGCUUCCCGCGGGGCUGGGGCGCCAAGCGGCGGAGAUCGGCCCUCUCCCGCGGCGGCAGCAGCAACAGCAGCCGCCGCCGGCGAAGUGCUCCGCCCGCGCCGUGAUCGAAGACAAGGCGAUGGGCCAGCAGCCGAAGGUCCACGCGGCGAGCCCCGACACGCCUCUCUCCUUCUCCCCGAGCGAAUCUGAGGGCAACAAGCCCAAGCAAUCCCACUCCAGGAGAAAACCCACCAAAAGGAAGAGAGAGGACUGGUUGAACCUCAUAGCGUUGCUGGAGGAGCAAGGCAACGCUCUGAGAAAGGAGGUUGAGAAUGUGCGGCGUUAUCGCGACAAAGUGAAGGCUUUGAAUUCGGAGUCGAAAGCCAGGAAGGAAGAGCUAAUGAUUCGGGUCAUACCCGGAGAGUCCGGGCAAGCACCGAACCCGAGCACGCGCUUGACUCUGGCGGGCCAACCGGCUGAACCCACGGCGGCACCUCUCCCUUCUGGCUCCGAUUGCCACCCCCGGCCGGUUCUUGAUCCGACGUGAAUUUUCAAGCUAAAUCUGUCGGAAA